ACGUGGUAGCAAAGGUCACAUGACCAGUCUUUUCAAAUCUGUCAGCUGACAGAAGGAUUUUUUGCGUGAGAAUAAGGAUGUCUGUAAGUGUCCAGCCUACCCAGUGGACCUCUGACUGCAAGGAUCAGAAUUUUGAUGGGAUUAUCGUGAUAGCCCGUAGCUUUGACCAGCUCCCCAAUGAGCUUGAGAGUUUAAAAGCGCCCUUGCAGGACUACAGUGCAGUGGACUGUGGCUUAGGUGAAGAAGUCGUGGUUGUUAAAGUUCCUGGUCUCCCUGGAAACAGAUUGGUGUUUGCCUCCACUGGUCCAGUGAACCGGGAUUACGAUGAUGUCAGACGAUUCAGCGAUGCUGCCAGUAAUGGCAUUAAAAGGGCUCUGAAAGCUGGCAUUCAGCGUCCUCUGCUGGUGUGUCCGCCGCACAACAGCUAUGCAAGAAACACCCUUGCGGCUGUACUGGGGGCUCUGCAAACUCUCUACGUGCCUUUGGAGGUGAGAGAACUCAAGUCAUCCCUUCAUAAAGUCUCUACGCUGGGCAUCUGGGUGAAGGAUCAAUCGCAGGGGGAAGAAAUUGCAAAGCUGGCCAUUGCCCUGGAGAGCGGCAGAUUUGUCUGUCGGGACAUCGGUGGCUCCGACCCUGAGCGUAUGGCCGCACCUCGCGUUGCUGAAUAUGUGCAAGCCGUCUUCAAGGACAGUCCUGUGAAGGUGACAGUCGUGAGUGAUCUGAAAACUCUGGAGAAAGAAUAUCCAUGUUUGGCUGCAGUCAAUCGAUGUGCUAACACUGUGCCACGUCAUCAGGCCAGAGUGAUCAAACUGCUGUACUGCGGUGAAGGACCCAUUGAACAGACUCUAAUGCUGGUUGGCAAGGGUAUUACAUAUGACACUGGUGGAGCUGACAUCAAAGCUGGUGGCAUCAUGGCUGGAAUGCACAGAGAUAAAUGUGGCUCUGCUGCUGUUGCUGGCUUCUUUCAGAUCCUAGCCAAACUGAAACCGAAACACCUGAAGGUUGUGGGUGCGAUGGCAAUGGUGCGGAACAGUGUCGGAUCUGAUUGUUAUGUAGCAGAUGAGUUGGUAGUGUCCCGUGCCGGCCGUACGAUCCGUGUUGGAAACACAGAUGCUGAAGGAAGGAUGGUCAUGGUGGACUUGCUUUGUGAGAUGAAAGAGCAGGCCUUAAAGGAAGUGUUUCCCCAACUCUUCACUAUUGCUACUCUGACAGGACAUGCUAUUAGAGCCAUGGGACCCAACUACUCUAUCAUAAUGGAUAAUGGUGCUGCCCACCGGUCAGGAAAUGCUCUGGAGUGGCAGAAAGCGGGAGAGGUUCUCGGAGAUUUGUUUGAGGUGUCCACAAUUCGUCGCGAGGACUAUGAGUUUCACAAAGGGAAGUCUGAGUAUGAGGAGAUCCUGCAAUCUAACAAUCUUCCCUCUUCUGCCACACCACGUGGACACCAGACACCCGCUGCCUUCCUCAUCAUGGCGUCUGGAUUAGAUAAGCAUGGAGUUGACUCCGACAAACCUUUGCCUUAUUCCCACAUUGACAUUGCUGGAUCCAGUGGGCCAUUCCCUGGUGUCCCAACAGGUGCUCCUAUCCUUGCCAUGGCGACAAAGUACUUGCAGCUUUAAAAAAAUGUUUAGUAUCAUCAUCAGUUUGCCAUUUCUCUGAUGAAUACCUUACAAUUGUAAUACACCACUUAUGACUUGUAUUAUGUGUGUUACUCUUACAUAAAAGCAUACAUUUAUUUGUUCACUUCCGAAUAAAAAUGCAGUCGUGUACACACAUCUAAUCAAAAAUUGAAGUCACUCUGAACAAGAUUUUUCAAAUCAGGACACAAUUUUUUUUUAACCUGUAGCCAUAUUAAAGAAUGUGAGAAGGAGCCAGUCAAUGGUUUUGGAUUGCAAGAAGUAAAUAAAUAAAUUUAAAUGUGAAAAAAAACUUUGUCUUUUUAAGGGUGUGCACCAAAAUUUCCAAAAUAACUAAACAAAAUUUAACUAACACAAAACUGUUUGUUAAUAUGAUGGGGAACUGUAAUUUUUCAUACACAUCUAAGAUUUUGUUAAAGGUUUUUUCCUUAGUCCACCUCCAAAAGGACAUUUUUAAGAUUAAACUCUCUGGGUCUUAACAUCCCAACCUUUAGACCAAUCAGGACUUUCUACAUGGUUAAAACUUGCCAAAAACCUUCAGUAGAUGCAGGCCCAGGAUAUAAAUCAGGGAAAUAACUAUCAAUCAGUAUGACAUUUUUUUCAAAGCAAAUACAUUUUGAUUUAAUUGAACUUGUACUGCUUGUUCUUAUAGUGUUGUUUGUACUAAAUGAGGAGGUCUGUACUGUAUAUGUUGUCAUCUGUAUGACUGUAAUCUCCAGCAGCCAUUCAAAUCCUUCAUGUUAAGAUGCAUAGCUGCAAGACUAUUAUUACACACACAUGCAGAGGUGGAACCAAGUCAUAAGUUUUCGCAUCCAAUUUAAUGUCUUGUCUUAGCUUUAAAGCAAAAAUAAACGUCCAGCAAGGUUUCCUGGAGAACAAGCAAAGGAAGCUGUAGACCAAACAUACAAUUUAUAGAUCUAAUGAUUCCCUUGUAGUUGUUAAAUAUAAUUUAUUAAAUGUAACACUAUUAUUAGAUUAAGCAAAUUAUUAGGAUCUUAACAGAACGUUUUAGUUUUUUAUAUUAAGCAAUAAAGGCAGGAAAAAUCUCCUUGUCAAGAGUGGAUGAAAGGACGACAGAGGAGACAGAUGAUGUUUAUGACUGUGUACAUCAGCUAUCACCAAAGACUGCAAAAGUUUUAUUUUAUUUUAAAUAACUUUGCUGUUUGUUCACUGGUAAUGAACACUGCUGAUAUGAUUUUUUUAUAAAAUAUUUUUAUAUUUGUGAUUUUCUUUAAUCAUUUAAUUAUUAAACAUCUAAAUUGAAUUGUGUUCUUGAGCCAUGGUACAGAUGUACAUUAUGUGUGCAUCAGGAUACCAACUUCAACUCAUUUGAGCCAGGAAAAACCCUGUGUUCAGUGCAUGCUCAUUUCAGUAAGUGUGUAUUUUGCUGUAUUACCGUGUGAGAGUGACAUGGGAAUCUUGAUAAAGCUGGUUGAUUUGUUUUGUCUGGACCCUAGCAGCACCGACCAUUGGAGAUAAUUGUUGGAGGUGUUAUAAAGAGCUUGAGCAAAGCACUCUACAGCAGUCUUGCACACUGGCAGAUAAACAUCUCCUAUACAUUAUAGAGAGAGAGAGAGAGAUGCAAUGUAUGCAAAAUAUAAGCAUGUCUAUGCAAUUGUGCAUUUUUGCAGUGUCAAUAAUAAAUAUAAACUGUUAUGGUGCAUGUUUA